AUGAUUCCUAGCACAAUUCGACCGGACGAUACCAUGCGAGGGCCGCGCGCGCCCUGGGGCGUUACCGAGGAGGACGAAGCAGAAAUGGGAUCCACUGACUCCCUUAUACCACCACCGUUGUCCCACAAUGAUGGAUCGUCGCACACGGAAGAAGAUGCAUCCAGACCAGGCACAGCCAUGAGCGAUUACCCGAGCGGUAGCAGCAAACAUUCAUCCAGCUCAAAGCAUUUGACAGCCGAGGAAACGAUCGAACUUGCCCGGUACGCGGUGGAGAGUGGCAUUCAGGAAACGAAGCGCUCUUUAGCGGGCAGUGAGGCUGUCACCGAUGUGGUGAAGCCGAAGCUCACCAUUGAUUUAGGGCAUUCCCAUAUUGUGAGGAUACCAGAACCGGUUGUGGAUAUUAUCAAAGAUGAAGUGGAGAGGCUUUCGCUGUCUAAUAAUCACCUCUUCCAUAUUCCUUAUCGCUUCGCGGAGUGCUCCCAUCUGCGAUACCUAAACAUACGGGCGAACCAUUUCCGUGAAUUCCCGAAAGGAAUCUACAAAUUACCUCUCUUGGAAAUCCUGGACCUGAGUCGAAACAAAAUCUCCAUCCUGCCAGAUGAAGUCAGCAAAUUAAAAACAUUGCGUGUAUUAUCAAUUAUGCAAAAUCGCUUGGACGAUCUACCCAUGGGAUUGUCCAGCAUGAACAAACUUCAGAUUCUCAAAAUCGCGGGCAAUCCCCUUCGGUAUCCCCUCCGGCGUGUACUUGAGGCAUCGGAGGCCGAGGUGGCGCACGCUAUGACCGAUAAUGAAAAGGAAGUGGCGGUGACUGCGGAAUUGAAGCGAUUUUUGAAAACACGGCAGCAAGCUACAACCCCGGAGCUGGAGAGCAGCAGCGAUAUGAGUGACAUUAAGUUUGACGCACCGAAGCCCGUUCCGGUGAAAAGAAAAUUAAGCAGCCGUUUCCCCGUCAUUCCAAGCACUGGAGAUAGCUCUGCAUCUUCAUCUCGUUCUCCUUCAAUAUCCAGGCCUCCGCAUGCCCCAUCCAAGUCACAUUUUCGCAUGGCAUCAGGCCAACAACCAGCCGGCUAUCAUAUGCCAGGCCUCCAGCGGCCUGGGGCAGCGCCUCACUCGAUCAAUGAACGGAACCGAAGUAACAGUGAGGGCAUCAUUCAAGCAUCUUAUUCUGCCCGGAACAAGCGAAUGGGCCUUGUCACGCGCAAGAACACCGACCUUGGCACAUUAGAUGAAACUCGACCCUACCGGAAUAGUCAUCUGCGUGGUCUGAGUCAUGGCUCUGUGCUUCGUACACACGCUGCUAUGCCGCCCCCCGUGAGUAGCAGCAGUUCCUCAAGUCCUAGCAGCCCGCGAGAGCGUCGACGACCGCGGGAUGGAUGGGUGAACCGGAUGUCGAGCCUGCCAGAGCAUAAAGGUGAAAAAAGCAGUGAUGGGCCAAUAAUGGAGAGUGCCAAAAGUAUUCUGUUCGCGUUAGUCCAAGUCCACAGUCACAUUUCAACACUGAUAAAUGUGAUUCAUCACGAUGACACGCGGCGCCAGAGCCUUGAGCUUGUUUUCUACAAUGCCUCUACACACGUUGACCGUCUCAACGAAGCUUUGGAGAAGGCCGAAGCUUCCUCGACAGGUGAUGCUGUGUCCGUGCGGCUCAACACUGAAAAUGUGAAGCGUGAAUGCGAGACUUGCGUUGUGGCCUAUACCCAUGUCGGCACACAACUUCGCAAUAGUGCCGCCAAAAUUGUCGCAAAUGGGGACUCGCGAUACGUGCGCUCGUUGAUGCUGAUGAUGUAUGGCAGCCUUGUGGAAUUGAGGAACGCCUGUGCCGCUCUCAGCAUUCUCAUGGGCCCUCCUCAGAGAGACUUUUCUCUUCCAAAGCCAGCUGCUCCAGAGAUGAUGAAGCCUCCUCUUUCUGACCGACCCCAAAGACGGAAUGUCACGCCGACUCGCGAAACGACGUCCCAGACGCGGCGGUUCAGAAGUGAUACCACAAUUAAACAUCCUCAGUCGGGGCCGGCUCCUCUCUUAUCCCUGAAUGUCUCGAGUCACUCGGGCGUUAGCUCACCGGGUUACAUGACGCCUUCCUUCAAUUAUUCUCGAAGUCGAUCAAGCAGUCGGUCAAAUCUCAUCCAUGCUGCUGUGUUGCCCUCCUCGGCAACCCCUCGAUCGGGCGAGGCGUUUCCCCCGAUUCCUGUCUCCAACGGUGGCCCGCGCAUCAAUCCAUUGACUGGUCUUGACGAGGUCGAGGAAGACAGAAUAUUUGAGAAAAUCUUCCACCAGCUCACUUCCGCAUACAGCUCCGCUCUUCAAGCCCUUCCUCUUGCUCGACGUCAGUUCAGCCGAUGCCUUGAAGUCGCAGAGCAAUCCCGUGAGUCAGAAGGAAUCCAAAUUCUCUGGAAUAACCUGAUCCGCCGUUGCCGCUUCUGCCAUGAAGUGUCCGAAGCUUUGGGAAUGCGCCUAUCGAACAUGAGAGUCAAAGAACCGGGUGGCGGGCUCCGGAAUCAGCGCGAAUUCUGGCAACUUUGCAAAACCUUUAUGCAAUCUUUCGUCGAUCUGGUGACGGACAUGAGAGAAGUUCGCAGCAUGCAAUUGCUUCCCGGAGACGUGAUUAUUAUCUUGCGCCCCGUUCAAAAAGCCAGUCGGGAAGCUGGCCGACUCAUCGAGGCAUCUCCAUGGUCAUAUCUCGCCGACAUGGCCCCAACAAGUACGCCCAGCAACCUGUAUGGACCGCCACUACAACUCCCCCACCCGCAUCCUCAGCACCAAGCAUCAGUGUCGACCCCGGCCAUUGGAUCCCACUCGAAUUCCUUCGGCAUUGCGGCAAAUAUGUCCCCGCAAUCAAUUACUAUGCCUGCGACCCCGCUCAGCGCUGCGCUUGGGCCUGCUGCGCAGGCGACUGUACCAUCAACUCCAGCCAGUGCCUACAGCGACAAAUUUUUCGAAGGGGAUGUUUUCCAACGGGCAGACUCACUCCUUUCCAUGCCGAAUCAGGCGCCUUUCUUCAGCCGUCGGUAG